CAUCAACCUUGUUACGAGUUUAACAAAAAUCAAUGUUUAAAUUGUCUACAGGGAAUAUAAUAAAUAAACUCUCUAAAUUAAAUUAGAAAAACCUUCAACAUGUUCAUGAUUUAAUUUAAUUAAUAUAAAAUAAAUCGAUGUUCGACGAAAAGGCUUCCCAUUACCUUAUCUUUUACACGUAUUUGUGGCGAAAAUGUAACACAGUGAAAAAAUGAAGGGCACCAUAUCGAGGCAAAAAUUAAUAUCGGACAGCGCGGACGAUGUGGACCCGAAAAGAAAUCUCGAAGACCCCAUAGACAGACCCUUGAGUCAGAUAGAGAAGACUUUUUUGCUGUCAGCAGAAAGAGGAGAUUGCCCUACAGUCAAAAGAAUACUCGAAAGAUACAAAGCAUCCCCAGAAGAAUUCGACAUAAACUGCGUAGAUCCACUGAACAGAUCGGCAUUAGUAUCUGCCAUCGAAAAUGAAAACAUAGAUCUUCUAAAAUUACUUUUAGAGGAAAACAUACUCGUGAAAGAUGCUUUAUUGCAUGCAAUCAAGGAGGAAUAUGUUGAAGCUGUGGAAGUUUUACUUUUAUGGGAGGAGGAACACCAUAAUUCAGGGGAACCAUAUAGCUGGGAGAGAGUGGAUAGAUCGUCAUCUGCUUUCACUGCUGAUAUUACACCUUUAAUUUUAGCAGCACAUAAAAAUAACUAUGAAAUAAUAAAGAUUCUUCUUGAUAGAGGCGCUACACUACCUAUACCACAUGACGUAAGAUGUGGCUGCGAUGAAUGUGUUCAUUCGAACUCACAGGAUUCUUUAAGACAUUCCCAGUCACGAAUUAAUGCAUAUAGAGCCUUAACAUCACCAUCUCUGAUAGCUCUUUCAUCCAGUGAUCCUCUAUUAACAGCUUUUGAGUUGUCAAGAGAUCUGAGACGGUUAAGUCGGUUGGAGACUGAGUUCAGAGCUGAAUAUAAUGAAAUGAGAGCUAUUGUCCAAGACUUCGCUACAGCUCUGGUCGACCACUCUAGAACAUCAUACGAAUUGGAGGUUAUCCUAAAUUACGACCCAGAUGGUGAGAUGUGGCACCCCGGCGAAAGACAAACUUUGGAGCGACUGAAACUGGCCAUCAAAUACAACCAAAAACAAUUUAUAGCUCACCCAAGCGUUCAGCAACUUCUAGCUGCUAUAUGGUACGAAGGGCUUCCAGGUUUCCGUCGAAAAAGCAUGAUGGCCCAACUAUUAUCUGUCGCCAAAUUGGGCAUGAUGUUUCCUGUGUACUGCUCUAUAUACAUGAUAGCCCCGAAAUCGCAGAUGGGUUUAUUCAUGAAAAAACCAUUCGUUAAGUUUAUAUGCCACUCUAUGUCCUACGCGUUUUUCUUAACACUGCUUGGAGCUGCCUCUCAAAGGAUCGAAAUUUUGGCCUUGGAACUAUUUGGUACGGAUUGGGUUCAAGAUAUGGUAAAAGAAUGGCAACGGAAGGAACGGGGGGCGUUUUUUGGGAUAGCAGAAUGUGGUGUUAUACUCUAUGUUAUAAGUUUGGUAUGGGCUGAGAUAAGAGCCUUGUGGAACGAUGGGCUUGAAGAGUACAUAUCUGAUCUGUGGAAUAUUGUGGAUUUUAUAACGAAUAUGUUUUACGUUAUUUGGUUUGCUUUACGGACUGCGGCGUGGUUUUUAGCUUGGUACGAAGAAAAAUUUAGAGGCGGAGAUCCAUGGUACCCCAGAGAAAUGUGGGACUCUUUUGAACCAAUGCUUAUAUCAGAGGGGGCUUUUGCAGCCGGAAUGAUAUUCAGUUUCUUAAAGUUGGUUCACAUAUUCAGUGUGAACCCGCAUCUGGGGCCCCUUCAAAUUUCCCUUGGAAGGAUGAUUAUCGACAUCGUGAAAUUUUUCUUUAUUUAUUCGUUAGUUUUAUUUGCCUUUGGAUGCGGUAUGAAUCAGCUGUUAUGGUACUACGCUGAGUUGGAGAAAAAUAAAUGUUACGUUUUACCAAAUGGUUUACCAGAUUUUGAUAAUAACGAUAAAGCUUGCACUAUAUGGAGAAGAUAUGCAAAUCUCUUCGAGACAUCCCAAUCACUUUUCUGGGCGAGUUUUGGAUUAGUUGACUUAGUCUCAUUUGAAUUAACCGGUAUAAAAGGUUUUACAAGAUUUUGGGCGUUGUUAAUGUUUGGUUCUUACUCUGUCAUCAACAUUAUUGUUCUACUAAACAUGCUUAUUGCUAUGAUGUCCAACUCAUACCAAAUUAUAUCGGAGAGAAGCGAUACUGAAUGGAAAUUUGCAAGAAGUAGAUUGUGGAUAAGUUAUUUUGAUGAUGGUGACACUCUACCACCCCCUUUUAACAUUAUGCCAGCCCCAAAAUUGUUUCUAAGAACCAUAGGCGUCCACAGAAAAAUAGAAAGUACUCAAAGUUUUAAAGAAAGAUCUAGACUUACAGUAAAACAAAGACACGAAGACAUCAUGAAAUUAUUAGUAAGAAGAUAUGUGACUGCUGAACAACGUAAACGCGAUGAUUUUGGCGUCACAGAGGAUGACGUCAUGGAAAUAAGGCAAGAUAUAUCCAGUUUAAGGUUUGAGUUAAUCAACAUUCUGCAUACAAAUGGUAUGAAAACACCUCAAGUGAACUUAAGUGAUGUAAAUGUGUCUGGUAAAAAGGGCAAGGAGAUGGAACGAAGAAUUCUGAAAGAUUUUCAUAUAGGUAUAGUUGAGAAUCUAUUCUCCGACAUCAAAUUAGGACAAGUUGAACCCAAGAAUGUAUUUGGCCAGAUAGCCAAAGCUAUAGGUAAACGCAAAACGACCAAGAAGAAGGACUGGAAUGCUCUGGUAAAGAAAGGCUCCCUCAAGAGUGAUCCAAUAGGUACUAAACAAGAAGCGGAGAACCAAGUGAUGAGAAGGCAGAGCUUACGUGGCCACAUCCUUACGAAUGUAACCACACCAGUCAAUUUAGAAGACGAUAAACUCUUAGAGUAUAAUCCAAAACUAUCCGAAGUACCUCGUGGUGCCAGAGUGGCUUACGCAAAGUUCAUGACGAAGAAAUUGCAAGUGGACUUUGCUAAAGAUGUCGAAAUUGAAGGUGGAACCACAGAGGAAGUAAAAGAUGACCAAAAAGACAGUGCAAAGUUGGAGAAGAAAGCUUCGCAGGACUCCGUAAGGAAGCUAAACAAUUUGGCUGAUGCCGCUAAAAGGGAGUCAGUUAAAAAGCAAGACCAAGUAGUUGUUAAUGUUGAAUCUAAAGAAGAGGUUUCUUUAAUGGAUGCCAAAAUCGAAGAACCUGAACCCAAGAAAGAAUCACUGACAGAUCAAGAUUUCGAUAAAGACGACUCCAAAGUUGAAGGAGAUGGUUUUAGUUAUAGGGUUCUUGAAGAAAGUACAUCAAGCGAGCCGCAUUCCCAAUGCCUUUCACCUGUGAUGGAGACGGAUGACAGCAAAUCUGAAGAUCGCCAAAGCCCCAUCCCACAAGAUGAAAUACCUAUUAUGAGUCCCAGUCCCACAGAUGACCAUAGUAUAGAUAUAGAGCCUCCUCCUCAAGAGGAUCAAAGGCCUUCGUUUAUAGCCUCUGGGACAUCUAAAUUGUCUGGUCAAAAAAGGACUGGAUGGAUUUAAAAAAUAAUAAUAGUUAUAGUAACUAUUAACUAUUAUAGUUGGAUAGCGUUUAUCGAAAAGAAACCAAGUGCCAUAAACUUUCUGGGGUAAACAAAAUUAUUUGCAAAAUAACUAUAGUUAUUAUAAUAAUGCUCCUUAAAAAAUUAAUAAUAAUUAGGGAACCCUCUCAAUGAUUUUAAGAAAAGUUCCAAAUGAUGAUCAACCUUUUGAGCAAUAUUAAACAUGAGUUAUUUUACAAAUAAUUUUACCAAGCCCAGAAAAAGUUUUUGGCGCUUGGUUUCUUUUCGAUAAGCGAUAUCCAGUUAUCUGUCUGUUGUCAAUAAGACUUUAGAAUAUAUUAUAGUAUUAUGCACUUAAU